AAGUUAGGUUGUCAGACAGGCCGAUUGGGCAAUAACAAACCUCCCACUGACUCUACGGCGAGUCACGAGAGUUCGAACUUUAUCAGCGUGACUGGGGAGUUCCAGAGCACGAGGACGAGCUCUGUGAUUCAAAAUUAAUAACCGACGCAUAACCGUUAACCUAGUCGAACUACUUCGACUUUAUUUUUGUAUUUAUUUUUUUAUUAUGAUAAACGGUACCCUCUUCAAGCACAGGAAGACAGUAGGCUAGCGAGCUGGCUAACUAAACUAUCCUAAGGGGAAGUGGCAGCAGUCAUCAUUUUAAGAGUUUCGCUAUCAGGCUCGACUGCUAGCGUAGCCUCCGCCUACACACCCACUUUUCGCUCGUUUGUUGUUUACACUAGUGUCGAAUAACCUGGACUUCAACAAGCUUUGGCUUUCUGCUGAAUACAAAAGCAUGGUUUGGCUAUAUAGAGCAUUCCACCGUUGUUAGCAAGCUAACGAGGCGAAUGCUCUAUACAGCUCGUCGCUAGCCAGCUGCAACUGGAGUCGGCCUGACAAUACAGUGGCGUGGACUGUGUAAGUCUUUCUGUUGUUGUCACUUAUUAACGACCAAAACGCUGGUCUGACGGUUUACUUCUAUGCAGUUGUGUUACUGGGCUUCGGGGGAAAUAGGAAGCGUUCGGCUACGCCUUCCUGCGUCCUUUUGGCGCUGAAGUGCCAGGCGCAUCUCAGGAGAGCUGAUCUCUCAGCAUGCUGGACUGAAAGAGCGGUGAUGAACAUAUUGAGGUUUUAGUCGUCUUCGACUGUUUGGAUCUGUCUCGAUUGUCAUUUGGGAAGACAGAAACACAGAGGCAAGAAUGAAGAAGUUUGCUCGUAUGCCAAAGUCGGAGAGCGGAAGUCUCGGGGGUGGCUCUGGAUCUGGUACUGGCAGCAGCAACUACAUUGGAAGGGUGUUCGCCGUCGGUCGAUACCAAGUCACGGUGGAAGAGCUGGUCGCUGAAGGUGGUUUCUCCAUGGUGUUUCUGGCCCGUACACACAGUGGUGUAAGAUGUGCCCUGAAAAGGAUGUAUGUGAACAAUGUCCACGAUCUGAACAUCUUUAAGCGGGAGAUCACAAUUAUGAAAGAAUUGUCAGGCCAUAAAAACAUAGUGCGGUAUCUGGACUCAACCACCAGUGCAGUGGGAGACAGCGUAUGGGAGGUUCUGAUUCUCAUGGAGUAUUGCAAGGCUGGUCAGGUGGUGAAGCAAAUGAACCAGCGCCUGCACGUAGGAUUCACUGAGGCGGAAGUGCUCGGUAUAUUCUGUGACACUUGUGAAGCUGUUGCCAGACUACACCAGUGCAAAACUCCAAUCAUCCACAGAGAUCUGAAGGUAGAAAACAUCCUCCUAAAUGACCAGGGACACUACGUCUUGUGUGACUUUGGCAGUGCUACACAUAAAGUGCUCCUUCCGCAUAAAGAUGGAAUUACUGCUGUGGAGGAUGAGAUCAAGAAGUACACAACUCUUUCAUAUCGUGCCCCAGAGAUGAUUAACCUGUACCAAGGGAAAGCCAUCACCACAAAGGCUGAUAUCUGGGCACUUGGAUGCUUGUUGUACAAGCUGUGUUUCUUCACACUUCCAUUUGGGGAGAGUCAAGUCGCCAUAUGUGACGGAACCUUCACUGUUCCGGACGGUUCAAAAUUCUCAUCCAAGUUGCACAGUUUAAUCAGAUACAUGUUGGAGCCUGAUCAAGAAAAGAGACCUGACAUCUAUCAAGUGUCUUACUUUGCCUUUCGGUUAGCUAGAAAGGAGUGCCCUGUGCCAAAUCUCUUUAGUUCCCCCCUUCCCACUUCAUUGCCAGAGCCCCUUACUGCUAGUGAUAUUGCUGCUAAGAAGAGCCAGACAAAGGCCAGAAUAACAGAUUCAGUUGGACCAACAGAAACAUCAAUCGCACCAAGGCAAAGACCAAAAGCUGCAAAUAAUGUUCUGCCUUUGUCCAGCUCUGUAACUCCUGUGAAAAUGACUGUGCCCUCAGCUUCUGGUAAUGGCCAACAGUCAGCUACGCAAAUGCCAAGCAGCAGUCAACAAAACAGAGUUUUACAGCAGCUGCAGCCUGGAGAUCUCCGACUCCAACAGUUACAUCAUCAACAACAACAACAGCAACAGCAGCACAACAUGCACCAUCAACAAAUCGCCGCACAGCAGCUACAUUACAUGCAACAGUAUCAGCAGGCCAUGCAGCAAAGUCUUCAGAUGCAGCAGCAGCAGCAGCAUAUGCUUCAGCAGCAGAUGAUGAUGCAGCAGCCCAUAUAUCAAACCCAGCAGCAACAGCAGGCUCACUACACCGCUCUGAUGCAGCAGUACCAGCAGGCCUUUUCCCAGCAGCAGCAGUUGUGUGCACAAGUCCAGCAGGUGCCCUGUAUUUCCCCUUUGGAGUUUCAGGGCCCCCUUGGCCCCUAUAACCCUGUGGGACCUUCCCCAGUAGAAACCCACUUUGCUAAUAUCAGUCGAAAUCCAGUGUCCACUGGUGAGGUCCUGAGCCCACCACCCCAGACUGUCAGCAAUCCUCUUGAUAUGUCUGGCUGGAACCCAUUUGGAGAAGACAACUUUUCCAAACUCACUGAGGAGGAGCUUCUCGAUCGAGAGUUUGACCUUCUCAGAGCAAAAAAGCCAGUAGAGAGAUCUGUCAGCAUGGAGUCCAGCAGUAUAGACAGACAGCAGCCGGUACUGCAGCCCUCACGUGAGGAUCCUUUUGGCUCCGUGCCGUUCCUGGCCAACGCAGGUGCUGGGGUGCAAACAGCAGAGUGUACGAUUGAGAACCCCAGUGUUGCCGCGGCUGGACUAACAGCCCAACAAGAUGCCACCCUGCCAUCUGUCCAGGAACCCAAACCUGCAAAGAAAAGUAGCUCCACUAGUGUACUGCCUCAGAAAGCAGGAGACGAGUCUGAUAGUGAUUUUGAGUCUGACCCACCCUCUCCCAAAAGCAGUGAAGAAGAGGAGGUGGAAGAGGAAGAAGGUCUUAACAGUGAACAUGAAGACACCGAGCCCGAGAACUUGGGUCAGAGGCCAUUACUCAUGGAUUCUGAGGAAGAGGUAGAGGAAGAUGAGGACAAACCAAGCUCAGACUCGGACUGUGACCGUAGCAAAGCAAAACUUAAGUCACCAAGGCAGAUGAAUGCAAAACCUGCAGGUUUUACUGAAGGAAUUGUGAAAGCUGAGUCUGGAACGAGCGUUAUCAGUCCAUCCGCUUCGCCAAGUGCCACCAUGUCUGCUGCAAACAUCGUUGAUGUAUUUGGUGCUGUUCCUUUUGUUGGCAGUGGUCAACCCAGAGUGUCACCAGAGAGCAUGGAUAUUUUUGCCAAAGCCCCUUUCAGGCAGGCAAGCCAGGAGAAUGCUAUGGAAGAGAUUGAUGUAUUCACCAAAGCUCCUUUUAGCAGAAACCUCUCCAGGUCCAGCAAGAGUGGCGAUGAUCCCAGCGGACAGACCCCGCCUAUUUCCCCUGACACUGUGGAUGUAUUUGGCUUUUCGCCUUUCCAGCCCAGCCACGCAAUACCCACCUCCAAGAACCAGGAUGAUGUUUUUGGUCCAGCAUCUUUUGAUGAAGCAAGCCCCCAGCAACAGAGACAGAAGCAGCGCAGCCUUCAGAAACUCUCCUCACGGCAAAGGCGGACCAAACAGGAGGCCAGUGGCAACAAUGGAAAGCGCCACCACAGCACACCCACUAGUGGCAGAAAGAGCAACAAGCCCACCUUCCGUACCCCCGAACGGGUGCGAAGGCACAAGAAAGUGGGUCGAAGGGACUCGCAGAGCAGCAACGAGUUCCUCAGCACUUCCGACUCCAAGGAAAACAUCAGUAUUUCCCUGGGAGAGGUGAUGGAAAAGGGAGCCGCGCACUCCACUGAGGAGGCCUUGUUGGAUCCAUUCGGAGCCAAGCCUUUUCAUCCACAAGAUGGCAGUCGACACCUGGGAGACAACAAAAGUGAGCUGAAUUCAUCCAACAGCAGGCCAAGGACCAGCUCGCUACAUAGUGUAUUCGAUGGAAAUAAGAUUGACGACUUUGGAGCUGUACCUUUUACCGAAUUGGUGGUCGAAGGUGGAGCUCCACAAACCCCGCAAAUGGAUCUCGACCCUUUUGGAGCCGCGCCUUUCCCCUCAAAGCAGUGAAUGUCUUCCAGUACAUGUUUAGAGAUGGUACACACUCCUACCUUAUGCAAAGUCCAAGCAGCCUUUUGAAAUGACUUAACGUAGGCUAACGGACGGCAGCUUGGGACGUAGGCCUUUAAAUUAGAUAACAUCCAACUUUUGUAGUUUUCUAAGUAUUUUAAUACCUAUUUGGACAGCUUUAACAUUUACUUUUUUUUACUUUUAACCUGUGAUGUAUGAAUGUUUUCGAAUAGUUAUUUGAAGCGUAUAUUUAGCCUUUGCUCACUAGAAAGCCUUCUAUGCUGCAUCGCAAUACGCGCUCUUUACACCGAAAAUGGAGAUUUGAUAACUUUCAUUUUGUAAUCCAUUGUUGACCACUGAGUUGGCGAAACUCCUUAAUGACCUACCCAACAACAUUAACCACCAUGAAGCCUUAUGUGGGUAAUGCCCUUGCCCUGCUUUACAAUAUCUCGAAUACAUAAUGGAUGUUGUAGCCCAUUUGUGUAGACGAAAUCAAACGAGUGUAGGUCUUCUCCAUUUUAAUAUAAUUCAAAUAGACAGUUUUUUAUGCAUAUUUUUACAUUUUUAGGUGCUUUCAAAUCUUUAUGUUAUGACAAUGUUUUUGCUAAAUGAAUUUGUGCAAAGGAACAUUAAAAUGAGAAUUAAUUUGACAAUGCUGUUAAAUAUAAGAAAAAACAGUAUUGUUAUAAAUCACGUUAAUUGCGCUCUUGUAAUAGUAAUUUUUCCCUAAGCUGAACUGAACGUCAUUGGUGAUGUCAGUAUAAAUAAUGCAGAUAUGUUCCACAAUAAUGUACAAUCAGAAACAUAGAGCUUUCACAGAAAGGGAACGAAUUACUGUGCUCAAUGCAAUUUUACAUGUUUGUCAUUUGUUUAGAGCUGUUUUUAAAAUUCAGUUAACAGAAAGUCACCAAGGGUAUCGCACAUGAAAGGUAUUGUAUUUGAACGUUAUAUAUAAAAAAGACAUUUGGAAGAACUGUUAAAGCUAUGGCUAACAUGAAAUUCAAGACCAAAAAGCAUUUUCGUUUUUUGUUUUCAAAGAUUAAAGCUCUUUUUACAUUUCUUUAAUAUGUAGUACUACACUCUCUAACAAUGCAAUAAAAGUUUUUUGGGUCA